AUGUCCUGCAAUUCGUGUUCAAAGUCGUUUUCUCUUCUUCGACAAGAAAAAGGUUGUCCCGGUUGUGGAUUUAGUUAUUGUUCGAAAUGCUUGAACAACAAAAUAUUUUUAGAAAAACUAAACUCUGAAGCCAAGGUUUGCAUCAAAUGUAAAAAUAAGAAAAAUGGUAAUGAAUCCAAUAAGAUAGUUCCCCCAGAUGCAUACUAUAAGAGAAUAAGUGCCUUAGAUGAAGCAACAUCUAGCGGUGAACCCAAAAAUAAUAUAGAACAAGAAAUACAUGAGAGGUUACAGAAAUUAAAAGAUAAUAGAGAUGUCCCAAAAGCCAGUAGUAAUACAGAAAUAAUUGAGCGCUUGCAAAAACUAAAAGGAGAUAUACCAACAACAACAGAUUCUGAAUUGCAAGCUAAAUUGGCUAACAUCAAAGGAGUACCAUUAAGUGCAGUUCAGAGUAAGCCUGUUUUACCAGUACAAGAUACAAGAACAGAACAAGAGCAAGCUGAUGAUCUUCUUAAGCAAUAUAUGGAAGAAACAAAAAUUUAUGAGAAUUAUAAAGACGAGUUUGAUCAUUUGGUUAGUGAUAUAGAAAGUAGACUGCAGAAUCUAAAAGGUUCCGUGUGUACAAUUAGUAUGCCUGACCAAUCUUCCAAAAGUAUUGAUGACUCGGAGGAUGAAGAAGAUACGGUUAAAAAGAUCUUGGAAAAGGUAAAAGCUGAAACUGCUCUUGAAGGAAAUGUAAUUUCCGAACCAGUGCUCGAUGAACUUCCGUUCUGUGAAAUAUGCAAUGAGGAUGCAACUCUGCGUUGUUUGGGUUGCAAGUAUCUUUUCUGCAAACGAUGUUAUAUGGAGCAUAGAGAUGAUGAUGAUUGUAACAGAUUUGAAGCUUACACAGCACCAAAAAAUAGCACUUACUAA